UCCAGUCCUCCUCCUCUUAAGGCUACUUCGCCAGAUGGUGCAGCCUUUUCUUUUGUUUACCCAUCGCUCCUGAGUUUACCCAACUAACCUUAGCUACGCAACUAUGGAAACUUCUCGGGGAGCAUCACCGCCGGACACCGACAAGUAACCUGCCUGGAGAAAAGAUGGUGACACCAGGAUGGGAGGCCUAGCAAGGUGGUGCCAAAGCUGAGGCUUGGGUUCUCACCCACCUGCUGCAUUUUGAACUGCUGCUCAUUUUUCGUAGCAAUCUGACGCCAGGGCUGCUUGACGAGAAGACGUUGGAGGCACGCUGCGUUCUUGCUUUAGUAGAGAUUAGGGACCUACAAUGACAAAUGUAAAUUGAAACUCACUGAAUAAAUGGACAAGAGAAAAUUUCCUGGCACAAUGUCCAGGCAAAUGGAUGUGUCAUGCAAAAGGCGCCCCAUCGGUGGCAGUGGUCUGAACUUCCCUCAGUCUCAGCAGGGUUGUAUACGGGCUGUGGAGGUAGCAAGAGGGAGAACAGGGUAUGGCUUUACGCUGUCAGGCCAAAGCCCUUGUGUCCUUAGCUGCAUCCUGAAAGGGAGCCCUGCUGACUAUGUGGGGUUGCGCUCCGGGGACUAUAUCCUCUCUGUGAAUGACAUCAACGUCUCCAAGGCGUCACACGAAGAUGUGGUCAAACUGAUCGGACGCUGCUCUGGUGUUUUGAAACUAGUAAUCGCUGAGGGAGAACGUCACAGGCGACACCACCAACGCUCUGCCGGCGGUCGUCACCAUAGCAGCAACACAAUGGCGGCAUCCUACCUGGACUCAUGCUCCAGUGAUGAUGAGUUGGAUGGUUUAUACGAUAACAGUGUUAACAAUAACAACAACAGCAGGUCAGGCUGUGGAGCCCGUGGAGGCUGGUACAAACCCAAACUGGACACUAAGCAGCUGGGCAUCAACCGGGCGGAGAAGGUGGUGGCAGAGCUGCAGUCUGGAGGAAUUUUUAACAUGAUCUUUGAGAACUCCAGCCACUCCUCCAGCAGCUCAGACAAAGAGAGACCUGGAGUAAGUGCGUCCUCGUCAAAGCCACGUCCGCUGUCUGAUUCCGAAUUCCCAGCAUAUCGGAAUUCCUCACGUUCCCAGAGCAACCCAAACCUGCUCUCUGAAGAGGAGAUGGCCCAAGUUCUGAAUGAUGAUUCGGUCUUUCUAGAAUCAGACUUUCAGCACCUCCACCUUCAACACCAUGAAGAGCAGGAUGUUGAUGAUGGAGAUGGUGGCGACUUGGGCCUAGAGCCCAGUGAGGGUAUCCUCAAUGUGGGAAUGAUUGUCGGCUAUCUGGGCUCCAUUGAGCUCGCCUCCACAGGCACAAAUCUAGAAAGUGACAGUCUGCAGGCCAUCAGAGGGAGCAUGAGGCGCCUCCGGGCUGAGCAAAAGAUUCAUUCAUUGGUCCUCAUGAAGGUUAUGCAUGACAGUGUGCGUCUGUGCAGUGACAGAGGUCAGGUCCUGGCCACCUAUCCUGCAGAAAAACUAGCCUUCAGUGCAUGUUGUCCCGAUGACCGGCGAUUCUUCGGACUGGUAACGAUGCAAGCUACAGACGACCAUGAUGAUAGGCACUUCAACAUUGCACGAGAUGACGAGGGGAGUUUAAGGACUUCUUGUCAUGUGUUUAUUGUGGACCCAGAUCUGUGUCACCACCAAGUCCAUCUGGGUGUUGCCAGGAGGUUUGGCUUUGAGUGUACCCCUGACCCAGACACAGGUGGCUGCUUGGAAUUCCCACCCAGCUCUCAGCCUCUCCUCCAGUUUGUUUCUGUCCUUUACCGGGACAUGGGAGACAACAUCGAAGGGGUUCGCGCCCGUGCUUUCCAUGACCCAGACAACGACGCCCAGCAAAACCACAGCACCAGUAGCAACAGCGAUAGUGGGAUUGGGAACUUUUUACCAGAGGAAAAGAGCAACAGAGUGCUUUUAGUUGACCUUGGAGGUCCUCCAAAUCACAACCACGUCUCUGGGCCGCGCCACUGGGACAGCCCACCGUCAUCGCAGCAGGCUUGGAGUCCCACUCUGGGAGCAGCAGCUUCUCAUCCACCUCCUCCAACGCUGAGAAAUGGCCACUAUCGUAAUGACCCCCACCUGGCUGAUCUUCCUCACCCUCUCCCCUUAUCUCACCCUGAUGUCCCUGUCAGGCACUCACGAGGGGUCAACCCACACCACUACUCAUCAGGGAAGCGGGGAGGAGCUGUUGGGGGAGGAGAAUGGAGAGGGGCUGGAGGAGCAGUAGGGGUGGAACCGCAGAGGUGGCUACCAGUCCAUGUGUUGAGAGACUGGCGUCAGCAGCACCACCACAGCCACCUCCAGGGCCUCAGCAGCGAUCAGGAAUCCUACGCAGAAUCCACUGACGGAUGGUCAUCUGCCAACUGCAGCACCCUGCCCCCACCGAUGAAUAAGAUCCCAGCCGACCGCUAUCGCGCCCCGCUGGUGCCCGGAGACCACCUGCCACCACCUGGAGGGAGCCAGCCUCCACCUCUGUCACAGCCCCACACCCACCGGCUGGCUGUUCAGAAAGAUGAGUGGGCUAAGAAGUUAUUUGGUACAGGAGACAAGGAGCGGACAGGAGCAGAGAGAAGUGAAAAAGAGAAGAAACGAGGAGGGAAUGUCAAGGAGGGAGAGAAAAAGGGCGGUCGUUUCCGAGGUUUGACCAUGGGAUUCCCACCUCUCCAGCAGCGCUCCUCAGCUAGGCGCUCCUUUGGACGCUCCAAACGUCUCAGCUUGGCCCGCUCCCUGGAUGAUCUUGAGUCUGCUGCAGUCUCUGAUGGAGAGCUGAACAGCGUGGAGCUGCAGGGCUGCAGCAGCGACAACAGCCUCAACAGUAAUGCCAGCCUGCCUAGUGUCCAGAGCCACCGGCGCCACACUGAGAGGAGAGUGGCCAGCUGGGCCGUGUGCUUUGAGAGACUGCUGCAGGACCCCGUGGGGGUCCGCUACUUCUCGCUCUCUCAACGAGCCAGGGAGAUCUACAACACCUUCCUGUCCAGUAAAGCUACAACACCAGUUAACAUUGACAGUCAAGCUCAGCUUGCUGAUGACAUCCUCAAUGCCCCCAAACCCGACAUGUUCAAGGAGCAGCAACUACAGAUUUUCAACUUGAUGAAGUUUGACAGUUACACAAGGUUUCUCAAGUCUCUGCUGUACCAGGAGUGUAUGCUGGCAGAGGUUGAGGGCAGACCAUUGCCUGAUCCUUACCACAUCCCAAGCAGCCCCACCUCCAAACACAGCACCACUGGGUCUGACCGCUCCAACCUCUCUACACCCAAGAAGGAGGACAAAAAGAGCAAAUCGGGUCGAUCUGUAAAUGAGGACAGAGGAGAUGAUUCGGGAGAUCGGAAGAAAGGGAUGUUUUUCUCUUGGUCCCGAAACAGGAGUUUUGGCAAAGGGCCCAAGAAACGAGAGCUGACAGACUUUAACUACAACUUUGCUGGCAGCAAUGGCCGCCGUGAGUCUCAGGGUUCGCUGUCUUCAGGAGCCAGCCUGGAGCUUGGGACGUCAGGGUUGGGAAGGAAUGAGCCACUUGUUUUGGACCAAGACUGUAUGACUCUGUGCUCUCGGGACCUCAGACUAGAAAAGCGCACCCUGUUCAGACUGGACUUGGUUCCCAUCAACCGAUCAGUGGGUCUGAAAGCGAAGCCUACGAAGCCGGUGACUGAAGUCCUGAGACCUGUUGUGGCCAAAUAUGGCCUGCACCUUUCUGACUUGGUGGCACGCAUUAGUGGAGAGUCUGAGCCUUUAGAUUUAGGUCUUCCUAUUUCCAACCUGGACGGCCUUCGAGUGGUAUUAGAUGUAGCAGAACAUUCUCCUGGAAAAGACAAACAGAAAGUAGCUCCCUCUAAGAGUCACCUCCCGGCCUCUACAAGCAGAAACCAAUCAACAACAGGCUCUAAUGCCCUGCUCCGCUCUCCUUGUGGCUCCCAGGGGGAGGACAGGCCUUCAGGGAAAGCCGGUUCAGCCCAUCCCCAAGGGGAAAACGGCAGGGCUGGGCCCAGCCUUGACACAAGCAGCCAGCCCUUGCCCAACCACUCUCUCUCUCUCCAUAAGGCUCCGGAGAAAAGAAAGCAGAAAAAGAUUAAUAUAGACGAAGCUGAAGGUAGUAAAGACAGACAUAGGGGAAGAGGAAGGGAAAGAGGUGGAGGGGAUUUUAAAAUGCCCAACAGAAGGACAACUUCCAACCCACCCAUCGCUCCAUCACCUCCUCUUCCACCUCCGCCUCCACCGAGACCACCUCUUCGUUCACGUCGCAAAUCCAAAUCGCCUUCCUCUCGUUCUAACCACAAAACUCCAAAACGAGCCUUGGAUUUGGACAAAAUUGAGCACAGCUGUGACGCAGAAGACACCAGGCCAACCUGCAGAGGGUCCCUUGACCUGCGAGGCCAUCACGGUUCAGAGCUAGACAGGAAAUGGGAAGGUGUGGCUUCAGAGCUGCGGUGCCGAGGCAGCAGGACGAGGUCAGCAGUGUACCAGACUUCAGAGCUGCCCUCCAUGUACAAAGCCAAGAGACAGGUGGAGCACAGUGAGGGCAAAGGGCAGAUAGACCGGAGCAAACUGAAAGCAACUUUUGUUUAAGGAGCCCAGCGUUUGGCUGUUUCACAGACUGUCUGGCCUGCGGUCAUUGUCUGUGACUCACACCGUGCGGAUGUUCUCUACAGCAGCUGAAAUAUUGUCUCAGUUUGAAAGUGGAGGCUAAGGGCCCAGUGUCAACAACUGUGCAGCUGCUCUCAGAC